GAAUUCAUUGUUUUUAAUGAGACCAAUGGCUCCUCUCCGAUCGCAUAUCGUGGGCAUCGGUUGUACAUGGACCAGGGAACCGUUGAGUGCAAGGAUUGCGUCAAUAAGCCAUGGAAGAGGUCAAUUCAAUCUUUUAAUGUUGAUUUACACGGUGCUGUAUAGUCAUUUCAGAUAAUUUUACAGAUUAAAAAGGAGUUUAGUUCUUGGAUUGACAUGAUCAAGAGUAGAUGGGAAACGCAGAGACCUGACAGCCGCGCUACAGUGUAGCCUGGCAUCGGCACGUUACGGAUACUGUACGGCCUCGUGGCGGGGUAAAAGCAAGGAAGAAGCGUUGCGUCAUACACCAACAAACCAAAAAAAGCAGAAAAGGUACGCGGCGCCACGCAGCAGUAGAAAAGCAGAAAAGGCACCGAAAAAGGAAACGGAUGAAAAUAUGGAUAAAUGACCGACUCAAGCUCCAGACUCUAGGCGGGCCGUUGCGUAAUGGGAACCAACAUUUACUGCAAAGCAUGGCUAUGCAGAUAGAUGCACAGCACUGCCUUGCUUCUACUCUGCAGAGGCCUGAUGAGUAAAGAAGGCGGUAUAGAGCAAGAGAGAGAGGAAGAUCCCCGCUUCCUUGGAUUCUCGAAGUGGCCGCCCUCGCGAAGAUCGCAGAUUGGAAUUUCCUUGGCAGCAUGAGAGAUCGUGAUGAAUUGGCUCUCCGCCGUUGCGCGCGUGCUUCUCUGAGCUGGCUGUAAGUGCCCAGCAUAUCGUUUAGGCGUGUAAGGAUACGCUUGUCGGUAACCUUGGCCGGGUAAAGCAAACAGUGGUGUUUGUUCCUUAUAGCCGCCUAUAGAGUCUCACAUUUCCCAGCGCCAAGUGGAACAAACACCCGCCGAGGCCUACAGGAGACCUUUGCACACUUCAUCCGGCCGGGAAGGCUCUCAUUCAGCUGGCUUGACUUUCUCCUGUCAGUGGCUCUUUGACUUGGAGGUUGUAGGUAGCACAGCACCCAGCCACAAUUGAUGCUCAAGCCUCAUUCUUCCAUAUCCUGUUUAUCCAGCCAGCGAUGGCAUGCAUAUUUCCUGCUUUUUGCCAGCUAGUCUAGCGCUGCAGGCUUGUGGCGUCACUACCAAGGUCGACCAAGUGGCGCAGGCUUCUGGCUGCCCAUCGAAACAACACCAGAGGGAGCCCGGACGAGAUGCCGAUCAUGACGACGACACGGCUGGUCGGCCUGGCCAUAAAAGGCAACCGGUCGUCCGCCUCCAAAUGGGCAGAUAUCUCCUACUAUAGAAUCAUUACACAGUCACUCACUCUCACAAGGACUUCGCUCGCUCAACACUAAUACCCUUUUUCUUCUACUACAAAACCAACCACCAUCAAUCAACAUGAAGUUCAACACCGCAGUCGUCGGCCUUGCCCUUGCCAAUGGCGCCUUUGCCAUCAACUCCUCGCUUGUUAGCAACCUCGCUUCUCAGCUCAGCUCAGCUCUGCAGGAGACUACCUCUGCUGCCCCUACGGCCACUGUCACCGUCACCACUGGCGCAGCCGACUCUUCCUCUGCUGCCAUGGGUUCCGACACCAUGUCUGCCGCUGCCAGCAGCACUGGUGCAGCUUGCAGCCUGCCCGCCGGUAGCGAUACCACCAUGGCCACUGUAAUGAGCUCGUCUGCCACUGGCGGCUCUGGCAACACGACCACUAACACUGGCGCAACUGGUUCUCAGACUGGCGGCUCUGCUUCGCAAACCGGCGGUGCCUCUGGAACUCAGAGCGGAAGCGGAGGUGCUGCUACCAGCGCCCCUGCCACCGCCGCUGCCGCUGCCAACGGCGUCUACCUCGCUCCUAUUGUCGGCAUUGCAGCUGCUGUCGCUUUGCUGUAAGAGAGUCAAUGGGAGAUGAAAUACCAGGGGAGACGGGAUGGACAGUCCCAGUUUACGAUUAUACACGAAAGCCUUGAAUAUUUUGUAUACAUGCGGGAAAUACCAGCAGCAUAUAAUUCGAAAGGAAAUAAUAU